AUGCCAGGAGCACUGGAUAUUCAGAGAAUAUCCAGUGAAGCUAAGACGUCUAUGCAAGCCUGCGGCUCAGCUGUUUUUAAAUCACCAGGGAAGCAACCCAACCUCAAAAGAGAAGUGGGUGAGCUAUACGAUUUUGCGAAUAACCUUUUCGGCGCAUAUGUGUUCAGCAUGUAUGCUGAAGAUUGCCUUUAUAAGCAGCGCAAACACCGCAAACAGCGCAGACAGCGCAGACGCCGCAGACAGCGCAGACGCCGCAGACAGCGCAGACACCGCAAACAGCGCAGACAGCGCAAACAGCGCAGACAGCGCAAACAGCGCAGACAGCGCAAACAGCGCAGACAGCGCAAACAGCGCAAACAGCGCAAACAGCGCAAACAGCGCAAACAGCGCAAACAGCGCAAACAGCGCAAACAGCGCAAACAGCGCAAACAGCGCAAACAGCGCAAACAGCGCAAACAGCGCAAACAGCGCAAACAGCGCAAACAGCGCAAACAGCGCAAACAGCGCAAACAGCGCAAACAGCGCAAACAGCGCAAACAGCGCAAACAGCGCAAACAGCGCAAACAGCGCAAACAGCGCAAACAGCGCAAACAGCGCAAACAGCGCAAACAGCGCAAACAGCGCAAACAGCGCAAACAGCGCAAACAGCGCAAACAGCGCAAACAGCGCAAACAGCGCAAACAGCGCAAACAGCGCAAACAGCGCAAACAGCGCAAACAGCGCAAACAGCGCAAACAGCGCAAACAGCGCAAACAGCGCAAACAGCGCAAACAGCGCAAACAGCGCAAACAGCGCAAACAGCGCAAACAGCGCAAACAGCGCAAACAGCGCAAACAGCGCAAACAGCGCAAACAGCGCAAACAGCGCAAACAGCGCAAACAGCGCAAACAGCGCAAACAGCGCAAACAGCGCAAACAGCGCAAACAGCGCAAACAGCGCAAACAGCGCAAACAGCGCAAACACCGCAAACAGCGCAAACACCGCAAACAGCGCAAACACCGCAAACAGCGCAAACACCGCAAACAGCGCAAACACCGCAAACAGCGCAAACACCGCAAACAGCGCAAACACCGCAAACAGCGCAAACACCGCAAACAGCGCAAACACCGCAAACAGCGCAAACACCGCAAACAGCGCAAACACCGCAAACAGCGCAAACACCGCAAACAGCGCAAACACCGCAAACAGCGCAAACACCGCAAACAGCGCAAACACCGCAAACAGCGCAAACACCGCAAACAGCGCAAACACCGCAAACAGCGCAAACACCGCAAACAGCGCAAACACCGCAAACAGCGCAAACACCGCAAACAGCGCAAACACCGCAAACAGCGCAAACACCGCAAACAGCGCAAACACCGCAAACAGCGCAAACACCGCAAACAGCGCAAACACCGCAAACAGCGCAAACACCGCAAACAGCGCAAACACCGCAAACAGCGCAAACACCGCAAACAGCGCAAACACCGCAAACAGCGCAAACACCGCAAACAGCGCAAACACCGCAAACAGCGCAAACACCGCAAACAGCGCAAACACCGCAAACAGCGCAAACACCGCAAACAGCGCAAACACCGCAAACAGCGCAAACACCGCAAACAGCGCAAACACCGCAAACAGCGCAAACACCGCAAACAGCGCAAACACCGCAAACAGCGCAAACACCGCAAACAGCGCAAACACCGCAAACAGCGCAAACACCGCAAACAGCGCAAACACCGCAAACAGCGCAAACACCGCAAACAGCGCAAACACCGCAAACAGCGCAAACACCGCAAACAGCGCAAACACCGCAAACAGCGCAAACACCGCAAACAGCGCAAACACCGCAAACAGCGCAAACACCGCAAACAGCGCAAACACCGCAAACAGCGCAAACACCGCAAACAGCGCAAACACCGCAAACAGCGCAAACACCGCAAACAGCGCAAAACACCCCGCAAACAGCGCAAACAGCGCAAACACCGCAAACAGCGCAAACACCGCAAACAGCGCAAACAGCGCAAACACCGCAAACAGCGCAAACACCGCAAACAGCGCAAACACCGCAAACAGCGCAAACAGCGCAAACAGCGCAAACAGCGCAAACAGCGCAAACAGCGCAAACACCGCAAACACCGCAAACAGCGCAAACAGCGCAAACAGCGCAAACAGCGCAAACAGCGCAAACAGCGCAAACAGCGCAAACAGCGCAAACAGCGCAAACAGCGCAAACAGCGCAAACAGCGCAAACAGCGCAAACAGCGCAAACAGCGCAAACAGCGCAAACAGCGCAAACAGCGCAAACAGCGCAAACAGCGCAAACAGCGCAAACAGCGCAAACAGCGCAAACAGCGCAAACAGCGCAAACAGCGCAAACAGCGCAAACAGCGCAAACAGCGCAAACAGCGCAAACAGCGCAAACAGCGCAAACAGCGCAAACAGCGCAAACAGCGCAAACAGCGCAAACAGCGCAAACAGCGCAAACAGCGCAAACAGCGCAAACAGCGCAAACAGCGCAAACAGCGCAAACAGCGCAAACAGCGCAAACAGCGCAAACAGCGCAAACAGCGCAAACAGCGCAAACAGCGCAAACAGCGCAAACAGCGCAAACAGCGCAAACAGCGCAAACAGCGCAAACAGCGCAAACAGCGCAAACAGCGCAAACAGCGCAAACAGCGCAAACAGCGCAAACAGCGCAAACAGCCGCAAACACCGAAAACAGCGCAAACACCGAAAACAGCGCAAACACCGAAAACAGCGCAAACACCGAAAACAGCAACACCGAAAACAGCGCAAACACCGAAAACAGCGCAAACACCGAAAACAGCAGUUUCGUUUUCGCACUUCGAAGAACGUAAGCAGCAAGCAAUUAGGUUAUCUUCCGAAGCAGUCGUGCAGAGUCUCUUCCACCAUGAAAGUCGCCAAUCACCUUAA